AUGAAGAUAACUUGUACCCUAUUGUCUCUUUGCUGUUGCAUCUUGUUUUUGUCAACUUCCGCAAAAGAUGAAACUGGACGAACCGCACUAAAAGGAGAUAGCGGGCUCGAGCGUAAGGGAGACAAGUUUCCAUUUUGUCCAAUAGACAAGAAAAGGUCAAAACAAAUCAAGGAAAUCACUGCUAUUUUGAAACAAAGUACAGCAUCUAAGGGAAAAGUUGGUGUAACUGAUUCCAGAAAAGGGUCUCGUUCAGUUCGUUCCACUUCUUCGUGUACUGUAAGUUGGAUAUUAAUGCAUAAUUUGUAUAAGUAAACAUCAGUUAACCUAACCUUUGUAGCCUGGACAUGUACUGCUCUGUCAUUCACAACUGUUUUCUCUAGAGCCAGCCAUAUAAUACGCCACUGCAUGUGUAUCAGAAAAUAUAGAUUGUUUGGGUACUUAUAAUGUCGAAUAAACAAAAUAUUUUCGUAAAGAUAAAUUUUCCAGAGCAGAGGGGGUGUCUUUUUUAGCGGCAUUAAAAAAUAGCGUGCGCGCGAAAUUUAAAAGCUUAAAAGGAUUUUUUUAGUUCAUGGGCGAGAAGUUUGUUAUGUGUUUUAUUAAUGGUCCAAAUAUCAGAAAAUCUGCUCAAUUUUAAGUCCUUUAAAUAGCUGUUGAAACUUUCAUUUUUUGGCACCAAUGCCUUUCAUGCAUCAUGCUUAAUUCCAUUCUCGUCCCCAGAGCCAUUUUCACUCGGUCACUCGUUGAAAAUUAGGCUCUGGGUUAGACGACUAAAGGCAGAGAUCUGAUUGGCUUCUCAGUGAACUGCUAUUUCGCAGAAGUUGAGCAGUUUUCGCUAGGAAAAAUUAUUCUAUCAACAUAUGUCAACGCAAAUACUUCGUUUCCUCGUAAUACUUCACUUUGAAAAUUGUUACGGGUGCUAAAGUGUCCCAAUUCAAGAGCAUGCGCUUUAGAAACCACUGCAAGUUUUCUUGCACUUCCGGUUCCGUAUGUCCCAGGGCUUAGGGAGGACGCGCGCGGCCGAGAGGCCCUGGGGACGAGGAUGGCUUAAUUCAAGCAUUUACCUAAUUUGCAUAUUGUUAUUUUACUUUUUAGUUUCCAUUCCCUCACUGCGGCAUUGCGUCACUAAGAAUUGACGCCGACGGAGUAAACACAAUACAUGGACCAAUGAGAGAUUGCUGUUCCGAUUGUCGUGGUGUCUUUGACCGGUGCGUGAGUGGCAUGGUGAGUGCUAACAAAUCAUGCCUUGAUUGUCUAGACACGUGGACAAGAUGUAUGAACAAUUGUACCCUGUUACACUUCUGCAAUCUCUCUGGGGGCACCACGGCACUGCGGCCUGGGGUGACGGGGGCAACAACAUCUGUACAUAAGCAAAAGGGAAGCAAAGGGCCUAAGAAGUCAAAUCUAUGCCCGACAAAGAAAGUGAAAAAUGGUGGAUCAUACUGUAUUAAGAGAUCUUGCUUCCCUAUCCGUGUGUAG